UCAAUUAGUCAAGAAACAAUAUAUGCAACUGUACAUGGUAUAGUUGUUAGUCAAAUAAAUGCAAGAGAAGGACAAGUAUACUUCCCAUUUAUUUACGCAUUAUUUAUUUUCAUUUUAGUAAAUAACUUAGUUGGAAUGGUACCCUAUAGUUUUGCUUCAACAAGCCAUUUUAUUUUAACAUUCUCACUUAGUUUCACUGUUGUUUUAGGUGCAACUAUUUUAGGAUUCCAAAAACAUGGUUUAAAAUUCUUCUCUUUAUUUGUUCCAGCCGGAUGUCCUUUAGCCUUAUUACCAUUACUAGUAUUGAUAGAAUUCAUAUCAUAUCUUGCUAGAAAUGUAUCUCUGGGAUUAAGACUUGCUGCAAAUAUCUUGAGUGGGCACAUGUUAUUAAAUAUUUUAAGUGGAUUUACUUACAAUAUUAUGACAUCUGGAAUAAUAUUCUUCUUCUUA